GCCUGGUGAGUGGGGGAGAGAAGCCGCAGAGCCCGGCGUUGACAUCCUUCUCUUGUUGCUGCUGCUGCUGCUGCUGUGUGUGGACGGUCCGCGCAGAGACACUCCGAGCCGAGAUGAAGGAUCGUACCCAGGAGCUGCGGGCUGCAAAGGACAGCGAUGAUGAUGAUGAAGUCAGUGUUAAUGUGGACAGAGACCACUUCAUGGAUGAGUUCUUUGAACAGGUUGAAGAAAUCCGAGGCUUCAUAGACAAGAUCUCCGAGAACGUGGAAGAGGUUAAACGAAAACACAGUGCAAUCCUCGCUGCACCAAACCCAGAUGAAAAAACAAAGGAGGAAUUGGAAGAACUGAUGACGGAUAUCAAGAAGACAGCAAAUAAGGUUCGCUCCAAGUUAAAGAGUAUUGAACAGAGCAUAGAACAGGAGGAGGGUCAGAACAGAUCCUCAGCUGACUUAAGAAUACGCAAGACACAGCAUUCUACCCUGUCCCGUAAAUUUGUAGAGGUGAUGUCUGAGUACAAUGGUACACAGACUGAUUACAGGGAGCGUUGCAAAGGACGAAUCCAGCGACAACUCGAAAUCACUGGCAGAACGACUACAAAUGAGGAGCUUGAAGACAUGCUGGAGAGUGGGAAUCCUGCUAUCUUCACAUCUGGGAUCAUAAUGGACUCGAACAUAACAAAGCAGGCACUGAAUGAGAUUGAGACACGACACCAUGAGAUCAUCAAACUGGAAAACUGUAUCCGUGAGCUGCACGACAUGUUCAUGGACAUGGCAAUGCUGGUAGAGAGCCAAGGAGAGAUGAUAGACAGAAUCGAAUACAACGUUGAGCACUCAGUUGACUACGUAGAGAGGGCAGUGUCCGACACGAAAAAGGCGGUUAAGUACCAGAGUAAAGCACGACGGAAGAAGAUUAUGAUCAUUAUAUGCUGUGUGGUGCUGGGGGUCGUCAUCGCCUCCACAGUUGGGGGAAUAUUUGGAUUUUGAAAAACACAAAAUAGGAGAGAAUCUACCAAUGUGAUGUGGGCAGUUCAGCCACUUUGUGAGAAUGAAGUGACUUUCACUCAGUAACACUGAGAAAGGUUUCUCUGCAUGACUAUCUAGCAUUAAUUCCUUUACUGGUCCUGCUCUUUCUGGCUGUUAAGGUAUGGUAACAUUUAUUUUCUCUUUAAUUUCUUUUUCAAUGAUGCGCUGUUUGCCAUAAACACAUGAAAAUUUGGCCCUGGAAAAAAAAACUCUUCACAUUUAAAGGGAUUGAUCUUAACCCAUUGAUUGCCAAAGCCAAAGAAAGCCCAGUUAACACCAACAAACACAGCGGCUGGAGUCAAUAUUUUAUAAGAUACUGAUCACAAAAACGCAAUAUCUUUUUUAGAAACUCAAAUUAGUGUGCACAAGUUUUCAAAUCUUGUCAAGGUUGGAAGAAUGCAGUGAUCCGACAUCUCAUCAGCACAAUGGUAACCCACUGGACCAGGCUGAAGACCAUGAUGUCAACAAUCUGUGUUAUGUGGAAAUUCUUAUCUUCAUAACAUUUCCAUAGCUGGAGGAGAGAUCUGGUCUGAAAAUGUUCUGCUUUAAGUGUAAGACUUGAUGUUUGUAACUGUGGGCGAGGACCUGCCAGACUGUCUUUGAAGCCUCUCUUCUGAUCUCAGCCUUACUCCUUAGCUAAUUACAGUAUUUUUUCAUUCACUGUCAUUUCUUCAUGUGAAGAAGAAUCGCUGAUGAAGCCUUUCUCAAGUGGUGCUAUCGCUGCCUGUGACGUUAGAGAAAAGGCUGACAAGAUCUGAAGAGUAUCUUUAAAGGAUUCAGCUUUUUAAUCAAAAAAAGUGAAAUGAGAAUGGAACAAUUCAAAUAAGUUGUCAUCAAUAUUUUUUAUGUAUUCUGCUCUGGUAAAAACAAAAUCAGAAACUGGGCUGAUGAGCCAAUAAUAGUUCUACCAGUCAAAAGAUAAAUUAUUUCAGCUUACUCAAAGUGGAAGCAUAACUUUUGGAAAAGAUAGACUUCACGUCCAUCUCUAAUUUAUAUAAGGUACCCUCAACAAGGAGCAGUUUCCAUCUCUUAAUUACCAUGUGUCCUAAACAGAUCAAGCUCUCAUUUUAACAUCCCAUAAAGGGCUUCAUAUUAGGAGAUAUUGCACCCUGUCUUUAGUUUUACAUUCAGGAUUCUAAUUUAUUUUAAAUCUAUGUAAAAUCAAGCUUUUAUUGGCUGUUUUACAAAUAUUUCCCACAUGUGCAAUUUUACAAACAAUACACUGGUCCUUACCAGAUGCCAGCAUUGCCAGUAUGCAGUCCGAGGCAACUAGGUAUCCAAGGGCUUUAAAGAGCAGUUAGUCAAGACUUGCCACUCUGCACUUGAGUAUGGCAGCUCCUUCGGGUUGUUGAGGUGAUGUCAGUCUGCAUGUGGUGCAGCAAGUUCUGUUGCCAAAUUUCUUCCAGUCUUAGUAAAAAGUACAUUUUAUUUAUGCAAUUUAUGUAUGGAAAAAAAUGUAACCAGAUUUUUAAAAUUCCAGCUUUUUGUUGUCUAUUCCAGCAGUGGUGAUGCAAGAAGGCUUCCUACGCAGGGCGCUGAUAUGGUGCCAUUAGCCAAUUUACUAAAAGCCCCUGACCAGUUAUUUGUACUUUACAGAUUUUAUGUUUUAAAGUUCCAUUUAUAGCUAUCCAGUUCAAACCUUAGUAUUUUGCUCAUUUGAGCUAUUUCAAAACCUGCAGUUUUUUUUGUUGUGACCAUUAUUAUAAAAUUGUUGAACUUCUCCCUCUCUGUUUUAUUGUUACAUUGCCGUAUUUCAUGCCUUAUUACAUUUACUUAUAAGCACUUUCCCUGAGAGUUCAUUAUCAACUGAUAAAGAAUGUUGAGGGACAGAUCUAUAUUAAUGGUGCUGUUGUUUUCACCUUACAUUAUGUAGUUUGAAAGCAGUAAAGAGGUACACAUAGUGGCUAUCAGAGCAGGAAACCUGACAGAUUUUCCAUUCUUAGUCCAGUGAUGCUGAACGCCUCUUUCACUAUCUGUCUGAGAUCUGUUAACUUGGCAUAAACCAGCAUUUUUACCUGGUGACCUUACAAGUGAGAAUAUCACGUUUGUUCACUAUCUUAACCAACUGACCCAUUGGGCAGCUUCAAGUAAAUAGAAAGAAUCAGUAAAAACUUUAAGGAACUAGGAUAUAAUCUGAAACUGGAACAUGCUAAUGAGACUGGAGAGUGUGAAUAUGACAAAGAUUAAACAAAGAUUCUCCAGUUACCUUCUGGGGAUAGAUUGAAAGGUCACAUACUAAAACCAUUAUAUUUAAGUUGCCUUGUGUUCAAUUUCUGCAGCUAUAAAUAUCAGGAAUGGUCUGACUGACGCAGGUACUGUAUACUACUUCAAACAAAAUCAGUGUUAUCUGCAUAAGUUCAGUUUGCAUUAUUCACAGAGAUUAAUGUGAGACUUUACACAUAAUGACUGAGAACCCUCAAUUGCACAAUCUUCAUCCAAACUCUUUCUUGUUCCCUUUGGUCAGUCUAAGCCAGAGAUAUAAUUACACCUGCUACCAAUGUGUAGGCUUUGCAGAGAGACUAUAUUGGAUGUAAUAUUUAGUAAGUGUAUUAUUCAAAGCAAGUAUUUUGAGUAUCUCCCGAUCUUUCAGAAGUCCAAACUCCUCUAGCAAACAUAUUGAGUGCUUCAGUGUGCAAAACAAUGAUAGUGCCAUGAGCAUAUUGGAAUAUGCAGCCAAAUUAGUGGAAUGACAUAUAAUUGAGAAGUAGAUGCAAGCCAUUAACUAAAGGUAGCAAGUUCAUGCCACAUUAGUUGAGGGAUGGAUAGGUAAUGCGUGGGUAGAUUCUGAACAGAGCACUGGUCUCUUCAUCCGAAGAGAAAAAAACAAGAAUUGCUAGAGAAACUCAGCAGAUCUGACAGCUU